CCUCUUCUCUUGGGGCGCUCUUCCCCUUGGCCGACCGUCUCAUCCCGCGCAACUUGGGGACGGACAGUGGCCGUUUGGUGUUGAAUGUUCCCCUCGGAGAGCGCAUGGCUGCGGAAGCGAGGUGCGGGCCGGGCCCCCGAGGGGCCGCCGUAUGGGAGGCGGUGGUGCUCCUGCUGUGCUUGGGGGUCCCGACCGGGCGCCCCUACAACGUGGACACCGAGAGCGCGCUGGUUUUCAAGGGCCCCCCCGACACCCUGUUCGGCUACUCGGUGGUGCUGCACAGCCACGGGGCGAACCGCUGGCUCGUAGUCGGGGCGCCCACGGCCAGCUGGCUCGCCAACACUUCAGUGGUCAAUCCUGGGGCGAUUUACAGAUGCAGGAUUGGAAAGAACCCAGAGCGGACGUGCGAACAGCUCCAGCUGGGUAGCCCUAAUGGAGAACCUUGUGGAAAGACUUGUUUGGAAGAAAGAGACAAUCAAUGGUUGGGGGUCACGCUUUCCAGACAGCCAGGAGAAAAUGGCUCCAUCGUGACUUGUGGGCAUAGAUGGAAAAAUAUAUUUUACAUAAAGAAUGAAAAUAAGCUCCCCACGGGUGUUUGCUAUGGAAUGCCCUCUGAUUUACGAACAGAGCUGAGUAAAAGAAUAGCUCCAUGCUAUCAAGAUUAUGUGAGGAAAUUUGGAGAAAAUUUUGCAUCAUGUCAAGCUGGAAUAUCUAGUUUUUACACAGAGGACUUAAUUGUGAUGGGAGCUCCAGGAUCCUCCUAUUGGACCGGCUCUCUUUUCGUCUACAAUAUAACUACAAAUAAAUACAAAGCUUUUUUAGACAAACACAAUCAAGUGAAAUUCGGAAGUUAUUUAGGAUACUCAGUUGGAGCCGGUCAUUUUCGGAGUCGGCACACUACCGAAGUAGUUGGAGGAGCCCCUCAACAUGAACAGAUUGGUAAAGCAUACAUAUUCAGCAUUGAUGCAAAAGAACUAAAUAUCUUACAUGAAAUGAAAGGUAAAAAGCUUGGGUCUUAUUUCGGAGCUUCUAUCUGUGCCGUGGACCUCAACGCAGAUGGCUUCUCAGACCUACUUGUGGGAGCUCCCGUGCAGAGCACCGUCAGGGAGGAAGGAAGAGUGUUUGUGUACAUCAACUCUGGCUCUGGAGCAGUAAUGAACGAAAUGGAAAUAGAGCUCAUUGGAAGUGACAAAUAUGCUGCAAGAUUUGGGGAAUCCAUAGUCAAUCUUGGCGACAUUGAUAAUGAUGGCUUUGAAGAUGUUGCUAUUGGAGCUCCACAGGAAGAUGACUUGCGAGGUGCUAUUUAUAUUUACAAUGGCCGAGCAGAUGGGAUCUCGUCAGCCUUCUCACAGAGAAUUGAAGGGCUUCAAAUCAGCAAAUCAUUAAGUAUGUUUGGACAGUCUAUAUCUGGACAAAUUGAUGCAGAUAAUAAUGGAUAUGUAGAUGUAGCAGUUGGUGCUUUUCGGUCUGAUUCUGCUGUGCUGCUAAGGACGAGACCUGUAGUGAUUGUCGAAGCCUCUUUAAACCAUCCUGAGUCAGUAAAUAGAACACAUUUUAACUGUAUUGAAAAUGAAUUGCCUUCUGUGUGCAUGGAUCUAACACUCUGUUUCUCAUAUAAGGGCAAAGAGGUUCCAGGUUAUAUCGUUUUGUUUUAUAACAUGAGCCUGGAUGUGAACCGAAAGGCUGAGUCUCCAUCGAGAUUUUACUUUUCUUCCAAUGGAACUUCUGAUGUGAUUACAGGAAGCAUAAAAGUAUCAAGCAGAGUGGCUAACUGUAAAACACAUCAAGCAUUUAUGCGGAAAGAUGUACAGGACAUCCUCACCCCAAUUCAGAUUGAAGCCGCUUACCACCUGGGGCAUCAUGUCAUCAGUAAACGAAGUACAGAGGAAUUCCCACCACUUCAGCCAAUUCUUCAGCAGAAGAAAGAAAAAGACAUCAUUGCAAAAACAAUAAACUUUGCAAGAUUUUGUGCCCAUGAAAACUGUUCUGCUGAUUUACAGGUUUCUGCAAAAAUUGGAUUUUUGAAGCCACAUGAAAAUAAAACCUAUCUUGCUGUUGGAAGUAUGAAGACAUUAAUGCUGAAUGUGUCCUUAUUUAAUGCCGGAGAUGAUGCAUAUGAGACAACUCUGCAUAUCAGACUACCCACUGGUCUUUACUUCAUCAAGAUUUUAGAUCUGGAAGAGAAACAAAUAAACUGUGAAGUAACAGACAGCUCUGGCAUAGUAAAACUUGACUGCAGGGUUGGUUAUAUAUAUGUAGAUCACCUAUCAAGGACAGAUGUUAGCUUUCUUCUGGAUGCCAGCUCACUCAGCAGAGCAGAAGAGGAUCUCAACUUCACAGUGCAUGCCGCCUGUGAAAAUGAAGGAGAAACAGGCAACGUGAAGCGUAACAAAGUGACUUUAACGGUACCUCUCAAGUAUGAAGUCAUGCUAACUGUUCAUGGGUUUGUAAACCCAACUUCGUUUGUGUAUGGACCAAAGGAGGAAAAUGAGCCUGAAACGUGCAUGGCAGAGAAAAUGAACUUCACUUUCCACGUGAUCAACACUGGCCAAAGCAUGGCUCCAAAUAUUAGUGUGGAAAUAAUGAUACCAAAUUCUUUUAUUCCCCAAACUGAUAAACUGUUCAACAUUUUGGAUGUCCAGACUACUGCUGGAGAAUGCCAUUUUAAGAAUUACCAAAGAAAGUGUGCAUUAGAGCAGAAAAAAGGCACAAUGGAGACCCUGAAAGAUAUAUUCAAAUUUUUGUCAAAGACUGAUAAGAGGCUACUGUACUGCAUGAAAGCUGAUCCACAUUGUUUAAAUUUCUCAUGCAAUUUUGGGAAAAUGGACAGUGGAAAAGAAGCCAGUGUUCACAUUCAGUUGGAAGGUCGGCCAUCCGUUUUAGAAAUGGAUGAGACUAGAGCCCUGAAGUUUGAAAUAAGAGCAACAGCUUUUCCAGAGCCAAAUCCAAAAGUUAUUGAACUAAACAAGGAUGAGAAUGUUGCACAUGUUCUACUCGAAGGACUACAUCAUCAAAGACCCAAACGCCAUUUCACUAUAGCAAUUAUUUUAAGUAGCUUGCUACUUGGACUUCUUUUACUUUUAUUGAUUUCAUAUGUUAUGUGGAAGGCUGGCUUCUUCAAAAGACAGUACAAGUCUAUCCUACAAGCAGAAAACAGAAGAGACAGUUGGAGUUACAUUAACAGUAAAAGCGAUAAAGAUGAUUGA